AUGGGCGGUAAGGGCGGCGGAGGUGGUGGUGGCAAGGGCGGCGGCGGCGGCGGCAAGGGUGGAGGUAGUGGUGGUGGCAAGGGCGGUGGCGGCGGCGGCGGUGGUAAGGGAGGGGGCUCUCACUCCGGCGGGGGAGGCGCGGGCGGCUCGGGCAAGUCAGGCGGCGGCGGUGGGUUCGCCGGGCAUGGUGGUGGUGGUGGUGGUGGUGCAGGGAAGUCGGGCUCCGGCGGCGGCGGCGGAGGCAUGAUGAAGGCGCCCGGCGGCGACGGCGCGUACAUCUCCCGCUCCGGCUUCGAGUCCAACCCGCAGGGCUACUUCCAGGGCCUCAACCAGGGAGGAGGCAACAAGUAGAGAUCGAUCAACCUGGACUGCUGCUGCUUGUUAGUUGACAAGUGUUUGUGAUGCGUUUUCGCGAACAGGUCGUAUGUAACCUGUGUUUUCAAGUGUUUGUGACAUGUACGUACGUGUGGUCGAUCAUGCAUGGACCGACAGUGUCCAUAGCUCCUAAAUAAUGUAAAAAGUACCUGCACUGCUGAUCCGCAUGCAACGGU